AAAAACACUAACCUGUAGCCUACUUCUCCACACCGACUCCUAUCAGACCUCUGCUAAUAGCAGAGUCCUUCCUAGCUCUUCAGUGAAGAUGGCGCAGGCACUAUCAGAGGAGGAGUUCCAUCGAAUGCAGGUAGGCUGACAGCUGUCCAUUUUCAAUGCCAGUUGUUUCAAAUAUGCUGCAAUCUUCAGAGUAUUUCCUGAAAAUUGGAUUGGCCAUCAAUCUGUCCAGCGCUAAACUACUGAAUGGAAAAAGCAUCACAACCUAGCGAGCUAGCUUCGCCUAGCUAGGCCAAAAGCAACACUCCAACCAAGGGAUGUGGCUAACUAGCUAGCUGCUAGCUAAAUAGUUAAUGUCAGCAGUCAUUGCUCUUCGAAUCCAAUAACAGGUAGUUAACAUAUUUGAUCAUUUGGCGAUGUCAUUUUAGUAUUCAAUACAAACAUAUGGACAUUUGGUGAUCCUAAUAGUUGGCUUCAUGUUCUAGCUAAUAACAUCAACUAACUGGUUUGCGAGUUAGCUAGCUAAAAUGGCUAGCUAGCUAGCUUGAAAUGACAAUGGUCUUCGUUUAUCUUAAUAACAAUGAAUCUGUUAUGGUAUUCAUGUUAGCUAGUGGUUUCAAAUGGCUGUGUCUUAUAGUUGUUUGCUGGGUCACGGGUUUGGUCAGCUAACGUUAGCCUAGUGUUAGCUUUCAGCCUGUAGGGACUGGACACCAGUCACUUAUUAUGUUUGUGUUCAGCUUUCCAAACCAGAUAUUGUAGACAUAGCUAGAUACUCUCAUAGAUAAUGCAUUGAUUGUUAAUCUAAAUUCACCGGAAUCAGAUUCUGUGCACAACAACUUUACUGUUGCUUGUGUAGUAGGCCAUCCUCAUUUAUUAAGGGGUCAUCAACACACCAAGCUAACAUCCAAAGCAUUCAAAGUAAUGUACAACCAGAUGUGUUAUAUUACGUUUUAAGUUGAACCUCGAUACUGGCUUUGGUACAAGUCAUCCACUCCUCCUAUAACCAUUUGUUGUUCUCCAUCUCCAGGCUCAUCUUUUAGAGCUGAGGACACAGAACUACCAACUUUCUGAUGACCUGCGGAAGAACACAGCUGGUAAGCAGCAGCUAAUAAUAUAAAGGCGUUAACCCAAUUGGUGCCCGUGAACAGGGAUCCAUUUUUAUUGCUGAAAUGAAAUGAGCAUUGCAAUGCAACUCCAGGAUGGGUUUCAGAUGUACACUACCGUUCAAAAGUUUUCGAACACCUACUCAUGCAAGGGUUUUUCUUAAUUUUUACUAUUUUCUACAUUGUACAAUACUAGUGAAGACAUCAAAACUAUGAAAUAACACAUGGAAUCAUGUAGUAACCAAAAAAGUGUUAAACAAAUCAAACAUUUUUAUAUUUGAGAUUCUUCAAAUAGCCAUCCUUUGCCUUGAUGACAGCUUUGCACACUCUUGGCAUUCUCUCAACCAGCUUCAUGAGGUAGUCACCUGGAACGCAUUUCAAUUAACAGGUUUGCCUUCUUAAAAGUAAUUUUGUGGAAUUUCUUUCCUUCUUAUUGCGUUUGAGCCAAUCAGUUGUGUUGUGACAAGGUGGGGGGGGGGGGGGGGGGGGGUAUACAGAAGACAGCCCUAUUUGGUAAAAGACCAAGUCCAUAUUAUGGCAAGAACAGCUCAAAUAAGCAAAGAGAAACGACAGUCUAUCAUUACUUUACGACAUGAAGGACAGUCAAUCUGGAAAAUUAAGAACUUUUAAAAGUUUCUUAAAGUGCAGUUGCAAAAAACAUCAAGCACUAUGAUGAAACUGGCUCUCAUGAGGACCGCCACAGGAAUGGAAGACCCAGAGUUACCUCUGCUGCAGAGGAUAAGGUCAUUAGAGUUACCAGCCUCAGAAAUUGCAGCCCAAAUAAAUGCUUCACAGAGUUCAAGAAACAGACACAUCUCAACAUCAACUGUUCAGAGGAGACUGUGUGAAUCAGGCCUUCAUGGUUGAAUUGCUGCAAAGAAACCACUACUUAAGGACACCAAUAAGAAGAAGAGACUUGCUUGGACCAAGAAACACGAGCAAUGAACAUUAGACUGGUGGAAAUGUGUCCUUUGGUCUGGAGUCCAAAUUUGAGGUUUUUGGGUCCAACCACCGUGUCUUUGUGAGACGCGGUGUGGGUGAACGGAUGAUCUCCGCAUGUGUAUUUCCCACCGUAAAGCAUGGAGGAGGAGGUGUUAUGGUGUGGGGGUGCUUUGCUGGUGACACUGUCAGUGAUUUAUUUAGAAUUCAAGGCAACCUUAACCUGCAUGGCUACCACAGCAUUCUGCUGCGAUACGCCAUCCCAUCUGGUUUGGGCUUAGUGGGACUAUCAUUUGUUUUUCAACAGGACAAUGACCCAACACACCUCCAGGCUGUGUAAGGGCUAUUGUACCAAGAAGGAGAGUGAUGGAGUGCUGCAUCAGAUGACCUGGCCUCCACAAUCCCCUGACCUCAACCCAAUUGAGAUGGUUUGGGAUGAGUCGGACCGCAGAGUGAAGGAAAAGCAGCCAACAAGUGCUCAUCAUAUGUGGGAACUCUUUCAAGACUGUUGGAAAAGCAUUCCAGGUGAAGCUGGUUGAGAGAAUGCCAAGAGUGUGCAAAGCUGUCAUCAAGGCAAAGGGUGGCUAUUUGAAGAAUCUCAAAUAUAAAAUAUAUUUUGAUUUAACACUUUUGGUUACUACAUGAUUCCCUAUGUGUUAUUUCAUAGUUUUGAUGUCUUCACUAUUAUUCUACAAUGUAGAAAAUAGUAAAAAUAAAUAAAAACCGUUGAAUGAGUAGGUGUUCUAAAACUUUUGACCGGUAGUGUAGUAUCCCUCCUAAAGCAAAGUGUGUGUGUUAUGGUGUGAUGCAUUGUUUCCAACUUCAAAAUGAGUUAGUUCUGACUCCAAGUGAUUGAAAAGAAAAUACUAGUGUCUGGUGAUAAAGAUUUGUGGUUCUUUCUAUUCCAGAGCUAAUGGCUGUUCGUCAGAAGACUCUGACCUUGGAGAAGGAUUACAUCAAAGCACAGAAGGUAUUGCAAGCUAAUCUACAUUUGAUUAAACAAACUGAUAAUAGGGUUGUGGAUUUCAAUGCACUGAAACUAAAGGCAUCAUCAUGUUUGAGAAAUAAUAAAACGUAACUUUGUUUGGGAUUUGACUUUGUUUCUAAUUAUGCAGGCUUUGAAUAAGAGCAAGAAAGCUCAGGUGAGUUCCUUGUCAUAUUUCUGCUAAUCUUCUCAAACUCUUUCAAAGCAGUCUAUAAAAUGAUCUUGAAAAGAUACAGUAUGAACAUUAUUUUGUCAUACAUGUUAUAUACACUACCAGUCAAAAGUUUGGACACAACUACUCAUUCAAGAGUUUUUCUUUAUUUAUACAAUUUUCUACAUUGUAGAAUAAUAGUGAAGACAUCAAAAAUAUGAAAUAACACAUAUGGAAUCAUGUAGUAACCAAAAAAGUGUUAAAUCUAUCAAAAUAUGUUAUAUUUGAGAUUCUUCAAAUAGCCACCCUUUGCCUUGAUGACAGCUCUGCACACUCUUGGCAUUCUCUCAACCAACUUCAUGAGGUAGUCACCUGGAAUGCAUUUCAAUUAACAGGUGUGCCUUCUUAAAAGUGAAAAAGUUAAUUUGUGGAAUUUCUUUCCUCCUUAAUGCGUUUGAGCCAAUCAGUUGUGUUGUGACAACACACCAUAUGCUCAGCAUAUGUGGGAACUCCUUCAAGACUAUUGGAAAAGCAUUCCAGGUGAAGCUGAUUGAGAGAAUGCCAAGAGUGUGCAAAGCUAUCAUCAAGGCAAAGGGUGGCUAUUUGAAGAAUCUCAAAUAUAAAACAUUUGUAUUUGUUUAACACUGUUUUGGUUACUACAUGAUUCCAUAUGUGUUAUUUCAUAGUUUUGAUGUCUUUACUAUUAUUCUACAACGUAAAAAACUGUAAAAAUAAACAAACACCCUUGAAUGAGUAGGUGUGUCCAAACUUUUGACUGGUACUGUAUGUACAGUAGAAGUUGGAAGUUUACAUACACUUAGGUUGGAGUCAUUAAAACUCGUUUUUCAACCACGCCACAUUUCUUGUUAACAAACUAUAGUCUUGGCAAGUCGGUUAGGACAUCUACUUUGUGCAUGACACAAGUAAUUUUCCCAACAAUUGUUUACAGACAGAUUAUUUCACUUAUAAUUCACUGUAUCACAAUUCCAGUGGGUCAGAAGUUUACAUACACGAAGUUGACUGCCUUUAAACAGCUUGGAAAAUUCCAGAAAAUGAUGUCAUGGCUUUAGAAGCUUCUGAUAGGCUAAUUGACAUCAUUUGAGUCAAUUGGAGUUGUACCUAGAUUUAUUUCAAGGCCUACCUUCAAACUCAGUGCCUCUUUGUUGACAUCAUGGGAUAAUAAAAAAAAAUCAGCCAAGACUUCAGAAAAAUAAUUUUAGACCUCCAGAAGUCUAGUUCAUCCUACGCCUGAAGGUUCCACGUUCAUCUGUACAAACAAUAGUACGCAAGUAUAAACACCAUGGGACCACGCAGCCGUCAUACCGCUCAGGAAGGAGACACGUUCUGUCUCCUAGAGAUGAACGUGCUUUGGUGCAAAAAGUGCAAAUCAAUCCCAGAACAACAGCAAAGGACCUUGUGAAGAUGCUGGAGGAAACUAUAUCCACAGUAAAACGAGUCCUAUAUUGAUAUAACCUGAAAGGCCGCUCAACAAGGAAGAAGCCACUGCUCCAAAACCGCCAUAAAAAAGCCAGACUACGGUUUGCAACUGCACAUGGGGACUAAGAUUGUACUUUUUGGAGAAAUGUCCUCUGGUCUGAUGAAACAAAAAUAGAACUGGCCAUAAUGACCAUCGUUAUGUUUGGAGGAAAAAGGGGGAUGCUUGCAAGCCGAAGAACACCAUCCCAACCGUGAAGCACGGGGGUGGCAGCAUCAUGCUGUGGGGGUGCUUUGCUGCAGGAGGGACUGGUGCACUUCACAAAAUAGAUGGCAUCAUGAGGACGGAAAAUUAUGUGGAUAUAUUGAAGCAGCAUCUCAAGAACAUCUCAAGACAUCAAUCAGGAAGUUAAAGCUUGGUCGCAAAUGGGUCUUCCAAAUGGACAAUGACCCCAAGCAUACUUCCAAAGUUGUGGCAAAAUGGCUUAAGGACAACAAAGUCAAGGUAUUGGAGUGGCAAUCACAAAGCCCUGACCUCAAUCCUAUAGAAAAGUUUGUGGGCAGAACUGAAAAAGCGUGUUCGAGCAAGGAGGCCUAUAAACCUGACUCAGUUACACCAGCUCUGUCAGGAGGAAUGGGCCAAAAUUCACCCAACUUAUUGUGGGAAGCUUGUGGAAUGCUACCCGAAACGUUUGACCCAAGUUAAACAAUUUAAAGGCAAUGCUACCAAAUACUAAUUGAGUGUAUGUAAACUUCUGACCCACUGGGAAUUUGAUGAAAAUAAAUAAAAGCUGAAAUAAUUCAUUCUCUACUAUUAUUCUGACAUUUCAGAUUCUUAAAAUAAAGUGGUGAUCCUAACUGACCUAAGACAGGGAAUUUUUACUAGGAUUAAAUGUCAGGAAUUGUGAAAAACUGAGUUGGAAAUGUAUUUGUUUAAGGUGUAUGUAAACUUCCGACUUCAACUGUAUAUGCCAUAAUGGAUUGAGGAACUUCCUCAAUGAAGACAAGGUGAUUUUAUGGCCAAGCAUAGGUAAAGAAAGGAGGAACACUGCUGUAAAUUCAUUUUAUACAUUUACUCAUUAGGAUCACUAAUUUUAUAUUGUCCUGAUUUAUGAAUUAAUGCAGUGAACUGCGCCAUCUGCUGUUUCAAUAUGCAUAUUCCAUCUUUCCCUAGAGUAUUUUAGAUCAUUUGACAAAAAACUUGAUUUGUUGAAACAGACGUUUGAGAUGGAAGUAUAGCGAAGUCCUCUCAAAUUUUAAGUUUUUGAUUAAUUUCACCAUCCUGUCUCACCAGCAAACAAUAUUUUUCAUGUUUUUUUUGUGAGCGUAUUCAAACUAGAGUCCUUAGCCUGUGUUUUUUCUCAUUGGUUUGUUAUUCAGUGGAUAUUCUCAAAUAUUGUAUAACCUUUUUAUUGUGCUAGUUAGAAAUGCGUUCAGUUCAACAGAUCAAAUAUAUCAGGUAGGGUUUUUCUAUUAAAGUGCCAUAAACCCCAAGGUGAGGAGAGUGUGUAAUUUCUGUUCACAUGGGUUGAUUUACUGUCUGUCUGGUGUGUGUGCUCAGGAGGUGGAUGCCUUACUCAGCGAGAAUGAGAUGCUGCAAGGGAAACUGCACAGCCAGGAGGAUGACUUCAGACUGCAAAACAGCACCCUGAUGCAGGAGCUGUCCAAGGUACUAUAUCUCCUCUGCUCCCACACAUGCCACUGGUGAGGGGUUGUGGUUAUGAGUAGUUGCGCCUCGUUACAGCAGAGGGGAAUGUUCUUGUAAAUGAAGAUGUGAUAUAUGUCUAGCUUAUGGAACAUAAAAGCCCCACCUUCCUGAUCCCGUUUCAUGAUUAAAUUACAGAAAUAUUUAUUUAUUGCAUUCCCUUGUUUUGUGUUUUUAGUUAUGUACUCAGAUAGAGGAGUUAGAACAGGAAAACAAACACCUAAAGGAUGGAAAAGUGUUUCAGGCUGAAUCCUCCAGUCCCACCUCCAGCUCUGUGGAUGGAGAGCUACUGCGUCUCCAGGCAGAAAACGCUGCCCUUCAGAAAAAGAUGACGGGUAUGUUUAUGUUGGUUAUCAUUGUAGAAAUUCCACUUUUUCAAAUACAGUUCUUUGAUAAGAUGUAUCUAAGUAAUGGCAACACAUCAUCAGUUCCGGCUUCUAUUUCCAUCCCUGUGUUCUUCCCUCAGCCCUUCAGGAGCGUUCUGAGAGUGCGAUAAAGAGCCAGAGGGGAGUGGAGGUCAGUGACACCAACGCCUCAGAGAUGGAUGGGCCGGCUGACGCUAAUGGUGUCCAGUUGCACUCUGACGUCAGUGAGAACAUGGAGGAUGCUGCCUCUGGAACCAAUGACAGACUGGAACAGGUGACAAAAAAAAACCACUUGCACUGACAACAACAGAAUAACACUAGCGCUUUUCUUUUGCUACUAGCACUGACUUUGCUGAUAACUACUUUGAGGACAAAUGUACUUACUAUGACUGUGAUAUGUGGUUGUUUCACCUAGCUAUCUUAAGAUGAAUGCACUAACUACGUCGCUCUGGAUAAGAGCGUCUGCUAAAUUACUAAAAUGUGAAUGUCAAAUGUGACACCAUGAACAAGUACUUUCUAUGGAACUGCAAUUUGACAAUAUCCUAAAGUUCAAGUUUUAUUGUCACAUGCACAAGUACAGUGAAAUGCUUAACUUGCAAGCUCUACCCAACAGUGCAGUAAUCAAUAUCAAAAGACGAACUAAUGAUAAUAAAAAAUGAUUUAUAUAAAUGUCUCAAGUUUUGAGGGAGUGUGCAAUUGCCUUGCUGACUGCAGACAAAUCCACCAGAGCUGUUGCCAGAGAAUUGAAUGUUAAUUUCUCUACCAUAAGCAGCCUCAACGUCAUUUUUGAGAAUUUGGCAUUAAGUCCAACUGGCCUCACAACCGCAGACCACGUGUAUGGCGUUGUGUGGGUGAGCGGUUUGCUGAUGUGAACAGAGUGCCCCAUGGUGGCGGUGUGGUUAUGGUAUGGGUAGGCAUAAGCUACAGACAACUAACACAAUUGCAUUUUAUCGAUGACCAUUUGAAUGCACAAAGAUACCGUGACAUUUGCUAAUCAAUUGGCUACCCGGACUAUUUGCAUUGUCCCCCCCAGUCACUUUAACUAUACCUACAUGUAUCAAUUACCUUGACUAACCGGUGCCCCCGCACAUUGACUCUGUACUGGUACCCCCUGUAUAUAGCCUCGCUACUGUUAUUUUUACUGUUAUUUUACUGCUUUUAUUUUUUACUUAGGUAUUGUUUACUUAACACUUGUUUUUCUUAACUGCAUUGUUGGUUAAGGGCUUGUAAGUAACCAUUUCACUGUAAGGUCUACACCUGUUGUAUUUGGCGUAUGUGACAAAUAGGAUUUGAUUUGAAGAUCCUGAGGCCCAUUGUGAGCCCCAUUUAUUUUGUUUUUACGGCAUCUGUGACCAACAGAUGCAUAUCUGUAUUCCUAGUCGUGAAAUCCAUAGAUUAGGGCCUAAUUAAUUAAUUUAAAUUGACUGAUUUUCUCAUAUGAACUGUAACUCAGUAAAAUCAAUGAAGUUGUUUAUAUUUUUGUUCAGUAUAUAAUGCAUUCGGAAAGUAUUCAGACCCCUUGACUUUUUCCACAUUGUUACAUUACAGCCUUAUUCUAAAAUUGAUUAAAUCGUUUUUUCCCUCUUCAGUCUACACACAAUACCCCAUAAUGACAAAGCAAAAACGGGUUUAUUUAAUUUUUUGCACAUUUAUAAAAAGAACACAACGGAAAUAUCAUAUUUACAUAAGUAUUCAGACCCUUUACUCAGUACUUUGUUGAAGCACCUUUGGCAGCGAUUACAGCCUUGAGUCUUCUUGGGUAUGACACUACAAGCUUGGCACACUUGUAUUUGGGGAGUUUCUCACCUUCUUCUCUACAGAUCUUCUCAAGCUCUGUCAGGUUGGAUGGGGAGUGUUGUUGCACAGCUAUUUUCAGGUCUCUCCAGAGAUGUUCGAUCGGGUUCAAAUCCGGGCUCUGGACAUUCAGAGACUUGUCCCGAUGCAACUCCUGCAUUGUCUUGGCUGUGUGCUUAGGGUCGUUGUCCUGUUGGAAGGUGAACCUCCGCCCCAGUCUGAGGUCCUGAGUGCUCUGGAGCAGGUUUUCAUCAAGGAUCUCUCUGUACUUUGCUCCGUUCAUCUUUUCUCGAUCCUGACUAGUCUCCCGGUCCCUGCCGCUGAAAAACAUCCCCACAACAUGAUGUUGCCACCACCAUGCUUCACUGUAGGGAUGGGGAGGUUUCUUCCAGACGUGACACAUGGCAUUCAGGCCAAAGAGUUCAAUCUUGGUUCCAUCAGACCAGAGAAUCUUGUUUCUCAUGGUCUGAGAAUCCUUUAGGUGCCUUUUGUCAAACUCCAAACGGGCUGUCAUGUGCCUUUUUACUGAAGAGUGGCUUCCGUCUGGCCACUCUACCAUAAAGGCCUGAUUGGUGGAGUGCUGCAGAGAUGGUUGUCCAUCUGGAAGGUUCUCCCAUAUCUACAGAGGAACUCUGGAGCUCUGUCAGAGUGACCAUCGGGUUCUUGGUCACCUCACUGACCAAUGCCUUCUCCCCCGAGUGCUCAGUUUGCCGGGCGGCCAGCUCUAGGAAGUUUGUUGUCUUGGUAGUUCCAAGCUUCUUCUAUGCCAAGAAGAGGGUAACAGAAGGUAUAUAAGGUAGAGUGUUUCCUUUGUUCAAGUUAGUUCGUAACACCAAGGGCAAAGCUCUGGUCAUUGUUGUAACGAACCCGGUACCGAUCAUUAAACAUUUGCAUUAACUUUCUACAAAGUGUCUAACUAUAUUAUUGCAUCCUUGAUUACUUGAACACCCGAGAAACUCAUCAUAAUACUUAUGUAAAUAAGGUAUUUCUGUUUUUUUGUUUUUAAUAAAUUUGCAAGAAUGUCUAAACCUGUUCACUUUGUCAUUAUGGGGUAUUGUGUGUAGCGUGAUGAGGAAAAACUGUAAUCCAUUUUAGAGUAAAGGCUGUAACGUAACAAAAUGUGGAAAAAGUAAAGGGGUCUGAAUACUUUCCAAAUGCACUGUACAUGGAAACAGGAGUAAUGGUUACCAGUAGAAGGAUAAAUGCUAAUGUUAAUGGCAAUCAAUGAUCAAUGAACGUCAGCAUAGUGGUAAUAAUAACUCUAAAUAAAUCUUAGAUGCACUUUCACUGUUUCAGUCAUACAUUAAUUUAUACUUAUGUUGCUGCUGUUCAUUAUUGAGCUGGAUGCUCUGUUCAACAUACAAAAGGCUCUGUUUAUUCUGCCCAUUAUGAUGUACCUGUAUGUUUCUACUUCAUAUUAAACGGUUACAGUAUGGUACACCAACUGGGAUAUUACAACAGACAUGAAUCAGCCCCUAUUUAGAUUUUGAAUUACGCAUGGGGUAUGGCGUUGUGUUGAGUUGUCCUUAAAUUCAUAUUUAUUUUUUUUCCCAGGCAGAGGCAAAGUGUGCCAAACUGGAACAGCGAGUGAAUGAGCUUAUCGGUGAGUUGAGUCUUUCUUAUGGAGAAUAUAUCUUCAGAAAUAGUCGGGAAAGCUCAGUACAACAGUCAUUAAUCUCAGUGUAAACUUUCCCACUUGGUUGUGCUACUUUACAAGAGUGAUUUGACUUAAUUGAAGUCUUUGUUAACAAUGUUGAUUUCCAGCACCCAAUGUUGCUUAAAUAAUUGAACUGCUGGUAUCCUUCCAAUCUGAUAGGACAUAGUCCAGUUCACAGUUCCUCAAUGCAGGCUCUGUGUGGCAUGGGUCCAGCAGGUGUCUAGUUUUUCUUAACAGAAUGUCAGACUAGUCCGGUCAGGAGCAUGUGACUGAAGCCGGUGAGUGGGGUACUGUAAUUGUAGAUGCUAAGUGGGAUCCUUGGGACGACCCUAGCUUAAACCCUAAACCUAACCUUAACCCCUACCAUAACCCUUACCUAACCCUUACCAUAACCGUUAAUUUCAACUUCAAUCGGGUGGCGUCAGAGUUUGAUGUCCCAAAGAUCCCUCUUAGCAUUUACCGUACUGUAAUUAAGACUAAGAUGGUCUACCUGCAUGCCCUGCAGGACCUGCAGUGAGGAGCACUGGUCUAGUUAUGAAACAGGAUGCUCUUAGGUGGUCAGCACUGUGUCCAAAUCCAAUAACGCAAUGCUUUGGGCCAGAGGUGGAACUGCAGCUGCACACUGAGGUGGAGGAGAAGCGCCUACUGAAGGAGCAGCUCCAAGCACUAGAGGUAACGACCCAUCUCACAACCUUAGGCUAGAUGCCAACAUCCCAGGGUGAGAGAAAUGGCCAAUCUUAGAUUUAUUUAUUUAUUUUCUAAGUGGUAAUUGCACUCUAGGUUAAGAAGAGUUAAUACGUUCUAUUUAGUUCUCAUGUUACCUGCCCCAGUGCCUCAAAGUGAAGCAAUAAGCUACCUCCAUUUACUAUGCUAAUUGAGGGCAUAUUGGUAUGUAUAAAUAUGAUGAGCUGUGGACAGACUUUCUCUAAGGCACAUUAAAGGACAACAGUUGGUUGGCUAUUUCCAAGUCUUCAUUUAAGUACUUAGAUCUUUCUCUUCUCUCCUCCAGUCAUCCAAACAGACAGACAUCACUAAACUCCAAGAAGAGAUAGCGAAGGUAACUAUAAGAUCAGAUGUGUUCAUCAUUGUAUAGAUUAGGCUGUAGUGUAUGUUAGCAUCUAGGCCCCAACAUGUAAUCUAACACUGAUUUUGUCGAUAUGUGCCAUAGCUCUCUGAAAAAUUGAAGAAAAAGCAAGACAGGUAAGAUUCUAUUUAGCUUGCUAAUGUUGUUAUGAAUGCAUUUCUUUGGUUCUACAUAAAGUAAACCUUAAAGCCAGACUCAGUAAGUUUCAGUAAUGUCGUUUAUGAAUUCUCAAACUGUCGGGCAAGAUGUCAUAAUGUGCUCUACCUGAUAGUUCCCAAGCGGCCACUGGGCCAGCCACCCUUUGAUCAGACAGCUGCUAGUAUUCUCAUUUGCUUGUAGCCUAUAUAACAAGCUGGGCUACUGUAUUAAAAUGACAAUUUAUAAGUCGAGUCAACUAUGAACGUUACAGCAGUAAAAUUGUAUUCUAAUGUACUUGGACAACAAUAAUAGGCUACUGCGGUGCAAUGUUAGCACCGUUUUCUGCUUGAUCCCUUGCAGUGCAAACGAUCAUAUAUGUUUGAAUUAUAAAUUAAAUAAACCAUUAAAAGUUUGCAGUAGUAAACUCAACACCCAAGAGGAAAACAAUUAGCCAGCUAGCAACUCCAGUAAAGUAAGCAAGAAAGUGCAAUGCAUGUGUGGCAAUGCAUGUGUGGCUCUAUCAGCUCUAUCACAAUGCAUGUGUAGCUUCCUAACUGGUGUAACUUACCAGUAGAUGGGUAUAGCUGGCUUUCGUGAUUCUUAUUGGCACUAUUUCCGAGCUGGUCAUGGGUGCACCUCAGCCACGCUCAAGGUCCUAAACGAUAUUAUAAACGCGAUAGAUAAAAGACAGUACUGCGCAGCCGUCUUCAUCGACCUGGCCAAGGCUUUCGACUCUGUCAACCACCGCAUUCUUAUUGGCAGACUAAAUAGCCUUGGUUUCUCUAAUGACUGCCUCGCCUGGUUCACCAACUACUUCUCAGAUAGAGUUCAAUGUGUCAAAUCGGAGGGCCUGUUGUCUGGACCUCUGGCCGUCUCUAUGGGCGUGCCACAGGGUUAAAUUCUCGGGCUGACUCUAUUCUCUGUGUAUAUCAAUGAUGUCGCUCUUGCUGCUGGUGACGCUCGGAUCCACCUCUAUGCGGACGACACCAUUUUGUAUACAUCUGGCCCUUCAUUGGACACUGUGUUAACAAACCUCCAAAUGAGCUUCAAUGCCAUACAACACUCCUUCCGUAGCCUCCAACUGCUCUUAAACACUAGUAAAACUAAAUGCAUGCACUUCAACCGAACGCUGCUUGCACCCGCCCACCCGACUAGAAUCACUACUCUCGGCGGGUCUGACCUAGAGUAUGUGGACAACUACAAAUACCUAGGUGUCUGGUUAGACUGUGAACUCUCCUUCCAGACUCACAUUAAGCAUCUCCAAUCAAAAGUUAGAGCUAGAAUCGGCUUUCUAUUUCGCAACAAAGCCUCCUUCACUCAUGCUGCCAAACAUGCCUUCGUAAAACUGACUAUCCUACCGAUCCUUGACUUCGGCGAUGUCAUUUACAAAAUAUCCUCCAACACCCUACUCAGCAAAUUGGAUGUAGUCUAUCACAGUGCCAUCCAUUUUGUCACCAAAGCCCCAUAUACUACCCACCAUUGUGACCUGUACGCUCUUGUUGGCUGGCCCUCACUAUAUAUUCGUCGCCAAACCCACUGGCUCCAGGUCAUCUAUAAAUCACUGCUAGGCAAAUCCCCGCCUUAUCUUAGCUCACUGGUCACCAUAGCAACACCCACCCGUAGUCUGCGCUCCAGCAGGUAUAUCUCACUGGUCAUCCCCAAAGCCAACACCUCCUUUGGCCGCCAUUCCUUCCAGUUCUCUGCUGCCAAUGACUGGAACGAACUGCAAAAAUCUCUGAAGCUGGAGACUCUUAUCUCCCUCACUAACUUUAAGCGUCAGUUGUCAGAGCAGCUUACCGAUCACUGCACCUGUACACAGCCUUUCUGAAAUUAGCCCACCCAACUACCUCAUCCCCAUAUUGUUAUUUAUUUUGCUAAUUUGCACCCCAGUAUCUCUAUUUGCACAUCAUCUUUUGCACAUCUAUCAUUCCAGUAUUAUACGUAAUUAACUAUUUUGCACUAUGGCCUAUUUAUUGCCUUACCUCCAUAACUUACUACAUUUGCACACACUGUAUAUAUAUUUUCUGUUGUAUUUUUUACUUUGUUUUGUUUACCCCAUAUGUAACUCUUUGUUGUUUUUAUCACACUGCUUUGCUUUAUCUUGGCCAGGUCGCAGUUGUAAAUGAGAACUUGUUCUCAACUGGCUUACUUGGUUAAAUAAAGGUGAAAUAAAAAAUAAAAUAAAAAAAACUGUCCAGUUUCCAGCAUGUUGGCACUAGUUGUACAGAGGAGUCUAAAACAUGGUCCAACUAGCAAGUAUUACACUAGGAAAAUACUCCCUUGCUGAAUCAAAAUCGCCCACAAUUACCGUUUCAUUUAGAAGCUCAACCAACAUCAAAGCAACUUUGUAACAGACAUCAGCUGUCGCACAGACCGGCAGAAGGACUCACAGCUAGGAGCCAAUAUGAACCCCCCCCCCCCCCCCCCCCCCCCCCCCCCCCCCCCCCCCCCCCCAAUUGGACCAUUGGAAGACAAUUCCAUGGUAUAUUGAUUGUAUUUCCUUGCUAAAGUGUGGAAGAACGUAUUUGAGUUAUGUUGGCUCAGCUGUGAUGAACUACAUGAGAGUAGGACAGUCAUGAUUAUCCCGUCCCGUUAUAGUGAUAUUUCUCUGGCAAUAUUGGGCAGCCAGCUCAGGCUCAGUACUGCAUUGUGACACUAGGCUCUGGCCCCAUGGACAGCAGGCAAGAGUAAUGAGACUGAACCUGUCAUCUGCUGUGUCUGCAAAGACGCCUGCCCAAAGCUCCCCUUAUGUGCUCAUUUCACACCGGCAGAGCCCUGGUCUCCCGCUCAGGAAGUCUGUCUGUUAUACCUCCUCUACUAGGUGAUUUCAGGGUUGAAUAGUUUUCUUACUGCCUCUUUGCGAUUUGUUUUAUAGCUUUCUGCAUUUGCAAGGUGAAAAAGAAGACCUUUACAAUGACAGCAGGUAAGGGUAUAAAGAUUCAACUUAUAUUUCACUUUCACCAAGUUUCUGAAGGUGGUGGUACUUUUUUAUGACUUAGAGAAAAGUAACAGAAAAACUGCCAGACGCCAUUGGAGUAGAACACGACAAGUAGAUUAAUAUACAUUUUUCUGCACCAGGACCAAAAUCGACGAGAUUCAACAGAGGAAGGAGGAGGAGUUGAAGUCAAUGAAUAUUCGCAUUCAGAAGUUACAGGGAGAUCUACUGUCAGCCAACCAGGUCAGACAUCCUGAUGUUGCCUGUCCUGUUAUGAGAUAAUACAAAUAGAGGAUUUGGUUUUGUACCUGGAGUACUCAUAUUGUUGUAUUAUGAGAAUACAUAGGCUAUACAUUUGUACCUGGGUUGCAGUAGGUAUGCCAUGGACCCAAAGCCUAAAAUGAUUGACAGAAUCUAGUGGGAAGCUGAAGCUGACUCUUGCUGUUUUUUUCUAGAGUGUUGGUGAGAUGAAGGAACAGCUCCAGAGCCGGGAGAAGGAGCAUGAGUUAGUUCUACACACACUCAAAGAUCAGGUAAACUCAAGCCUAUAAACUAUAAUUUGCUAUGCAUAGUUUGUAUAUAGGUAAUUUAUGGAAGUAGAGUGAUACUGUAUAUGGGGUGCCUUCGGAAAGUAUUCAGACCCCUUGACUUUUUCCACAUUUUGUUACGUUACAGCCUUAUUCUAAAAUGGAUUAAAUAAAUAAAAAGCCUCAGCAAUCUACACACAAUACCCUAUAAUGACAAAGUGAAAACAGGUUUUUAGAAAUGUUUGCUAAUAUAUUGAAAAUAAAAAAACAAAUCUUAUUUACAUUAGUAUUCAGACCCUUUGCUAUGAGACUCGAAAUUGAGCUCAGGUGCAUCCUGUUUGCAUUGAUCAUCCUUGAGAUGUUUCUACAACUUGAUUGGAGUCCACCUGUGGUAAAUUCAAUUGAUUGGACAUGAUUUGGAAAGGCACACACCUGUCUAUAUAAGGUCCCACAGUUGACAGUGCAUGUCAGAGCAAAAGCCAAGCCAUGAGGUUGAAGGAAUUGUCCGUAGAGCUCUGAGACAGGAUUGUGUCAAGGCACAGAUCUGGGGAAGGGUACCAAAACAUUUCUGCAGCAUUGAAGGUUCCCAAGAAAACAGUGGUCUCCAUCAGUCUUAAAUGGAAGAAGUUUGGAACCACCAAGACUCUUCCUAGAGCUGGCCGCCCAGCCAAACUGAGCAAUCGGGGGAGAAGGGCCUUGGUCAGGGAGGUGACCAAGAACCCGAUGAUCACUCUGACAGAGCUCCAGAGUUCCUCUGUGUAGAUGGGAGAACCUUACAGAAGGACAACCGUCUCUGCAGCACUCCACCAAUCAGGCCUUUAUGGUAGUGGCCAGAUGGAAGCCACUCCUCAGUAAAAGGCACAUGACAGCCCGCUCAGAGUUUGUCAAAAGGCACCUAAAGACUCUCAGACCAUGAGAAACAAGAGUCUCUGGUGUGAUUGAACUCUUUGGCCUGAAUGCCAUGUGUCACGUCUGGAGGAAACCUGGCACCAUCCCUACGGUGAAGCACGGUGGUGGCAGCAUCAUGCUGUGGGGAUGUUUUUCAGCAGCAGGGACUGGGAGAGUAGUCAGGAUCGAGACACAGAUGAACGGAGCAAAGUACAGAGAUCCUUGAUGAAAGCCUGCUCCAGAGCGCUCAGGGCCUCAGACUGGGGCAAAGGUUCACCUUCCAACAGGACAACGACCCUAAGCACACAGCCAAAACAAUGAAGAUCUGCAGAGAAGAAUGACAAUGAAGAUCUGCAGAGAAGAAUGGGACAAACUCCCCAAAUACAGGUGUGCCAAGCUUGUAGCGACAUACCCAAGAAAACUCGAUGCUGUAAUCGCUGCCAAAGGUGCUUCAACAAAGUACUGAGUAAAGGGUCUGAAUACUUAUGUAAAUGUGAUAAUUUCGUUUUUAUUUAAUAAAUUAGCAAACAUUUCUAAAAACCUGUUUUUGCUUUGUCAUUAUGGGGUAUUGUGUAUAGAUUUGAUGAGGGGGAAAAACUAAUUUAAUCAAUUUUAGGAUAAGGCUGUAACGUAACAAAAUGUGGAAAAAGUGAAGGGGUCUGAAUACUUUCCGAAGGCACUGUAGGUAGUCCAAGUAUAGUGUAGAGUUUUUUUCAUUUGUAUACACUGUGUACAUGCACAGUUUCUGUAAUAUGGAAAUAUUUGUUUCAAAACAAUCAAGGUACUGUCAUCUGACAUGCAAAACCUAUUCAAAUUUGCUUUAGACUUCAGGUACAGAGCAACAUUUCAAGUGGAAGUAAAGAACUUUCUUGAACUAUUUGCUUUCUUCCCUUCCUGUUGAAGUUCAAAAACGUUCAAAUUAUCUUAGAGUGAAGACAAUUAAUUGAUGGUUAAUGAAAAGGCAAAGUGAGGAUAACCCUAAAUAAUUAGAGAUUAGUCUGUGUCUGAAGAGGUUGUCUGGAGAGAGUGGUGCACUUCAUUAGGGACCAGUCUGUUUUCCACUUAAUAAGGCCUCCUAGCACGACUGGCACUUACGUCUUCUGUGAUGUCGCAAGUCUUAAUUAACUUGAACUCCGCUUUGGGUAGACGACAACAAGAUAAGGCAUUCAAGCCUGCUGUUACCUUGUCUUCUAUUUCUCUUUUCAAUAUGGAAGUACAUUUUAUUUUUUGGGCAAGUCAUGCAGACGUUUCUUUUCUGAUCUGGCUUCUGUCACCGUUCUUUGUUGUUUCUUUUACAUUGCCUAAUUUAUACUUAUUUUUCAAAUUUCUUUGCCAUCAGGUUUUGUCUCACUGAUCCUCUUCUGGUAAUUUAACCCCGUCCUUUCUUCCUUCAUUCUUCUUCUUUUAUUGAUGAUCCAUCCUCCCUACAAAUCCAAUCCCCGUUUUUCUCCUUUCUUUUUCUAUCCCUAUUCUUGAGCUGCCAAUCGCCACCUUUUGUAUUCUUCUCUUCACCUUGUACAUGGUCUUUUUCCUCCCUCUCCCCUCCUUCCCUCCAUGGCUGUCCUGGGUGGUGCCCCCUGUGUUACCCCGUGUGGCGCUGUGAUACAGGUAGCUUGUCAGAGUGCAGUGAGUCAGGAGCAGGUGGAGAGUAUCCUGACUGAGAACGAUGCUCUCAGGACUAACCUAGCGGCUCUAGAACAGGUACAGCUCAUCUUACUGCCCUGCCGCUUCCCCACGGAACCUCAUCAAUAUUCAUUUUGCUGCUGUCACCACUCACCAGCCAUUAACCAUGAUGCAUCACCAAUAUGACAAGUCAUGCUAAUGUGAAUAAAGUCAGGGAGGUACAGAGAUUUUUCACAUAGUGACGAAUGGUGUUCAGACACAUGAAUUGCUAGUAUUUACAAUAAUACUGUUUGCCCUACAAAGGUUAAUCGUAAAUCGUCAUUGUAUGUCCAACUUCUGCUCACCUGCUUUUCUUGGCUCACUUUUUCCACGUCUACCUUACUGACCCAUUUGAUCCACUAUCAUGUUUCAUUAAACAAAGUCCAUCAAUACCUGUAUACAAAGUCUUCAGAUGUUGGUCCAUUGUGAUGGUGAGUGUGUCCUGACUAGUGGGUGUUGUGUGUCCAUUAGAUUCAGACAGUGAAGACUCAGGAGAUGAACCUUUUGCGUGACCAAAACACGGCUCUGAAUGUGGAGCUGCAGCAGAGACGGACGGAGCAGGAGAGCUUUCUGGCACAGACAGAUGACCUUAACUCUCAGCUACAGGUCUGUGUGGCCCUCACAUUGUCCAAGUACAUGCAUACUUAGAGAACCUAUAUAUCUCAAACAAAUGUGGAGCACUGUCUAUCACAAAUAAUGUAGGACUAGGUCAUCUUAAUUGGUAGGUCAGAAACCUUACUUUUAUGGUUAUUACUAUGAUAUAGUGCUUAUAUUGUAGGUCGGGGAGGAAAAAGCUGGCGUUGCAAAAAAUUUUUAUACUCUUCUCUUUCUCCUGUGCGCCUCUCUGACGGAUGUAUCUGUAGGAGUCGAACCGUGCCAACAGCAGACUGUUGGAGCAGCUGACUGAAGUCGGCCAGGAGAAAGACGGGCUACAGCAAGAGCUGGAGGAGGCUAAAAAGGUUUCUGUGACACACACACACAGAGAGAGAGUGAACAGAGACACAUGCAGGAGGCUUGUUCCUUCAUCCCACUCUCAGAGCGCUGGUUAUUAGAGCACAGUGACUAUUGUUCUGUAAUACACAUGGCACUCUAAUUAUUGGCAUUCUCCCAGGGAAGGUGGGAGUGCUGAGUUUACCUCCCUCAAGCUACACUCCUUCUGCCCACAGGAUCACAGACCAUAAAUAGACAUCACAGCUUCAAUUAGCUUAUGUGUUGUCUUAGACUUAGCAUAUCACAGAGUCCAAUUUAUAUUAUGAUUAAAUUAUUUGUCUUACGGUUUGUCUUACGGUUUGUUUAAGUGAGAUGUGAAUGUUAUUGGUCGUGUAUCAUCACAGUAAAUGUCAGAGAUACAGUGGGGGAAAAAAGUAUUUAGUCAUCCACCAAUUGUGCAAGUUCUCCCACUUAAAAAGAUGAGAGAGGCCUGUCAUUUUCAUCAUAGGUACACGUCAACUAUGACAGACAAAAUGAGAAAAAAAAUCCAGAAAAUCACAUUGUAGGAUUUUUAAUGAAUUUAUUUGCAAAUUAUGGUGGAAAAUAAGUAUUUGGUCACCUACAAACAAGCAAGAUUUCUGGCUCUCACAGACCUGUAACUUCUUCUUUAAGAGGCUCCUCUGUCCUCCACUCGUUACCUGUAUUAAUGGCACCUGUUUGAACUUGUUAUCAGUAUAAAAGACACCUGUCCACAACCUCAAAACAGUCACACUCCAAACUCCACUAUGGCCAAGACCAAAGAGCUGUCAAAGGACACCAGAAACAAAAUUGUAGACCUGCACCAGGCUGGGAAGACUGAAUCUGCAAUAGAUAAGCAGCUUGGUUUGAAGAAAUCAGCUGUGGGAGCAAUUAUUAGGAAAUGGAAGACAUACAUGACCACUGAUAAUCUCCCUCGAUCUGGGGCUCCACGCAAGAUCUCACCCCGUGGGGUCAAAAUGAUCACAAGAACGGUGAGCAAAAAUCCCAGAACCACACGGGGGGGACCUAGUGAAUGACCUGCAGAGAGCUGGGACCAAAGUAACAAAGCCUACCAUCAGUAACACACUACGCCGCCAGGGACUCAAAUCCUGCAGUGCCAGACGUGUCCCCCUGCUUAAGCCAGUACAUGUCCAGGCCCGUCUGAAGUUUGCUAGAGUGCAUUUGGAUGAUCCAGAAGUGGAUUGGGAGAAUGUCAUAUGGUCAGAUGAAACCAAAAUAUAACUUUUUGGUAAAAACUCAACUCGUCGUGUUUGGAGGACAAAGAAUGCUGAGUUGCAUCCAAAGAACACCAUACCUACUGUGAAGCAUGGGGGUGGAAACAUCAUGCUUUGGGGCUGUUUUUCUGCAAAGGGACCAGGACGACUGAUCCGUGUAAAGGAAAGAAUGAAUGGGGACCAUGUAUCGUGAGAUUUUGAGUGAAAACCUCCUUCCAUCAGCAAGGGCAUUGAAGAUGAAACGUGGCUGGGUCUUUCAGCAUGACAAUGAUCCCAAACACACCGCCCGGGCAACGAAGGAGUGGCUUCGUAAGAAGCAUUUCAAGGUCCUGGAGUGGCCUAGCCAGUCUCCAGAUCUCAACCCCAUAGAAAAUCUUUGGAGGGAGUUGAAAGUCCGUGUUGCCCAGCGACAGCCCCAAAACAUCACUGCUCUAGAGGAGAUCUGCAUGGGAAUGGGCCAAAAUACCAGCAACAGUGUGUGAAAACCUUGUGAAGACUUACAGAAAACGUUUGACCUGUGUCAUUGCCAACAAGGGGUAUAUAACAAAGUAUUGAGAAACUUUUGUUAUUGACCAAAUACUUAUUUUCCACCAUAAUUUGCAAAUAAAUUCAUAAAAAAUCCUACAAUGUGAUGUUCUGGCAUUUUUUUCUCUCAUUUUGUCUGUCACAGUUGACGUGUACCUAUGAUGAAAAUUACAGGCCUCUCAUCUUUUUAAGUGGGAGAACUUGCACAAUUGGUGGCUGACUAAAUACUUUUUUCCCCCACUGUAUGUAGUAACAUCCAGAGAUAUCAUCUCCCAUUGUGUCCCUCCCCCUGCAGACAGCAGACAAGCGGAAGGCCAUACUGGACGAGCUGGCCAUCGAGAUAAUCACAGAGAAGUCGCGGCACAAGGAAGAGCUGAGCGACAUGCGUCUGCAGCAUGAGAAGGAGGUGCUGGGGGUGCGGGCCCGCUACGAGAAGGAGCUGAGAGGCCUCCACGAGGACAAGAACCGCACCGAGGAGGAGAUCCGCUCACAGCUCCGAGACGAGAAGGUGGGGUGGGGGAACACGAGUCAGGGCCAAUGAGAGGGAAAAUAAUUUGAGAAGGUACACUGCUUGUGUAUUCAUGGGACCUUUGCCCUAUGACCUCUAGGCUCGCAACAAGGAGUUGGAGGGUCUGCAGCAGAGUGUAGAGGAGCUGCAGGCCCAGGUCCAGUCUAUGGAGGGCACUAAGGGCUGGUUCGAACGCAGACUCAAAGAGGCUGAGGUACAGUACCAACUUCAGUUUCACAUUGAUUUAUUCACUAGGAUAUUACAGUGCCAUGCCUUGUAGUUAUGCUGGGUUGUACCACUAUACACUUUAAAGAUUUUACAUUAACAUGAAUAGAUGCUAUUGAAGAUAAGCUUAAAGGGUGAUCAAUAGUGUCAGUUGAGUGGAGCUCUUCAAUGCCUGGAGUAACCCCUGUCAUAAUAACACUGACCACUUGGUGGCCCUAGUGUUUCUUUCUUCUUUCUGCUCAGAUGUUUUUGUUUUGUAGCAUGAUUAAUAUUUAGUUUUGCCUUUUAAAGAAUGCUAAGAAUAGAUGUGUGCUGCUGAUUAGGUGAUGCCUUGUUCCAAUGUUGUCCCUGUUGUUCCUUCCUGUGUUCAGGAGAGCAUGGAGAAAAGCAGUCUGGAGCACCAUGAGCAGAUAGAGAAGCUGCAGAAGGAACAUUCUCUCCAGCUGGAGGUAAACUCAUUUGUUUUCCUUCUUCCCAGACAGACAUGGUAGAGUGCUGUACACAGCAACACACUCUGACACUUUCAUCUUGGCCCAGGGGAAUACUGACUGGUAUUGUGUAUGGGCUCCCGAGUGGCACAGUGGUCUAAGGCACUACAUCUCAUUGCUAGAGGUGUCACUACGGACCCCCUGGUUCUAUUCCAGGCUGUAUCACAAUCCGGCCGUGAUUGGGAGUCCCAUAGGGCGGCGCACAAUUGACCCAGUGUCGUCCGGGUUUGGCCGGGGUAGGCCGUUAUUGUAAAUAAGAAUUUGUUCUUAACUGACUUGCCUAUUUAAAUAAAGGGUCAACAUAAAAAAAAAAAUAUAUAUAUAUUGUAUGUAGGCUUUGUUCACUGCAGCAUGCCCUGCGAGAUGAAGGCAGGACUGAAAUUGCUAUUCUCAUCGCCUGAGUACCUGAUGUUUAUUUAACUGUACAUCUUCAGCAAUUAAGUGUCAUCUAUUUUUAACUCUCGUUAUUCAGCAUAUGGUGGCACUUAGGUUGCUAAUAGGGUUGAUAGGUUUGAUGAUCUGAUUGUGUUUGUGGUCUGGUGUGUGUUUUUGGUGACAUACCCCCAAAUUGAACCCCCACUGUUUCAAUAAAAAUCCUGUUAGUACACUAUAUAUACAAAAGUAUGUGGACACCCCUUCAAAUUAGUGGAUUCAGCUAUUUCAGCCACACCCGUUGCUGACAGGUGUAUUAAAUCGAGCACACAGCCAUGCAAUCUCCAUAGACAAACAUUGGCAGUAGAAUGGCUUUACUGAAGAGCUUAGUGACUUUCAAUGUGGCACCGUCAUAGGAUGCAAUCUUUCCAACAAGUCAGUUCGUCAAAUUUCUGCCCUGCUAGAGCUGCCCCGGUCAACUGUAAGUGCUGUUAUGGUGAAGUGGAAACAUCUAGGAGCAACAAAGGCUCAGCAGCGAAGUGGUAGGCCACACAAACUCACAGAACAGGACUGCCGAGUACUGUGAAGCACACAGCGCGUAAAAAUUGUCUGUCCUCGGUUGCAACACUCACUAACGAGUUCCAAACUGCCUCAGGAAACAAUGUCAGCACAACAACUGUUCGUCGGGAGCUACAUGAAAUGGGUUUCCAUGGCCGAGCAGCCUCACACAAGCCUAAGAUCACCUUGCGCAAUGCCAAGCGUUGGCUGGAGUGGUGUAAAGCUCGCCGCCAUUGGACUCUGGAGCAGUGGAAACACCGUUCUCUGGAGUGAUGAAUCACGCUUCACCAUCUGGCAGUCCGACGGAUGAAUCUGGGUUUGGCGGGUGCCAGGAGAACACUACCUGCCCCAAUGCAUAGUGCCAACUGUAAAGUUUGGUGGAGGACGAAUAAUGGUCUGGGGCUGUUUUUCAUGGUUCGGGCUAGGCUCCUUAGUUCCUUAGCUACAGCAUAUAAUGAUAUUCUAGAUGAUUCUGCGCUUCCAACUUUGUGGCAACAGUUCGGGGAAGGCCCUUUCCUGUUUCAGCCUGACAAUGCCCCUGUGCACAAAGGGAGUUCCAUACAGAAAUGGUUUGUCGAGAUCGGUAUGGAAGAACUGGCCUGCACAGAACCCUGACCUCAACCACACCGAACACCUUUGGGAUUAAUUGGAACGCCGACUGCGAACCAGGCCUAAUUGCCCAACAUCAAUGCCUGACCUCACUAAUGCUCUUGUGGCUGAAUGGAAGCAAGUUCCCGCAGCAAUGUUCCAACAUUUAGUGGAAAGCCUUCCCAGAAGAGUGGAGGCUGUUAUAGCAGCAAAGGGGGACCAACUCCAUAUUAAUGGCCAUGAUUUUGGAAUGAGACGUUUGACGAGCAGGUGUCCACAUACUUUUGGUCAUGUACUGUAUCAUGAAGUUAAUUUCAAAAGGAACUGUUAAACAUGGUCCAGCUGUUUAUGUUAAUCUUGUAAUUACUGUAAGUGAUUCCAUUAGCAUGGUGUGAAUGGAACCCUAAUUAUGUUGAAACUGAUUAAAAUUGUGUUUUCCCUUAAACCCAGCAGAUUCUAAGAUUGUAUAUGGGAAAAUAACAGAACUGAAUACAUAUUCUGUGUUUCUCAUUCAGGGAAAGGCAUCUGAUAUAGAUGGCGUGAAGCUGCAGUUGACGGAGGUAGAGAAAGAGAGGGAUGUGCACAAUGAAACCAUUGGAAAACUGAAGCAGGUGAACUAACCCCCUUGUAAUUAGCAUAAACUACUAUUAAACCCCCCCAUAAAUGUACACAUUCCAGUAUAAGCAGUAUAAUGAGCCUGUGUGGUCAUCUAAUGAUUCUCAUUAGAACCUCCAUGAUGUACUCUCCCUGUCGGUGUGGUAUACAGGAGAUUAAAGACACAGUGGAUGGCCAGAGGAUCCUGGAGAAGAAAGGUAGUUCAGCAGUAAGUGGAACACUUUGUCUUACCACUAACAGCUGAGCUGAGGGAAACUGAUGAGUCAGACCCCUUCCAUUUACUAUGGAGAGGAAAUGGAAUGCUUACUUACAGGUGGCAGGUAGGCAGGCAGUGCACGCCGCUGCACCCACUCUGCUCUUUAGAAGUGGAAUCGGGGCAGCCUUUUCAAUAUGCCAGUUUGACCCCUUGUAACCAAUUAUUCGAUGCCUGCCUUGAUGAUAAGAAUCUGCUUCUGCAGAUAAUUGCAAGCAUAUGGGCUAGCCUGAGGCGUAGGGGUCGCGAGGGCUUUGUAGCUCCUUUUUCCAGCCACCCUCUAUCUAAAUUGUUUUCUGGGUAGGAUGGGUCAUCUUAUUUGAUUGUUUUCUUUAUCUUAAUCUGAUGCCUGUCUAAGAUUACCCUUGCUUCUCCCUGAGUCACAGACUGUUGUCUCUGUAUUGAAAACCACCCGUAUACUGCAGUGUUUUUCAAAGGAAGUAGUGUACUCCUCUCAUGGGCUUUGUAACAUUGUUUGUAGCUGAAAGACUUGAAGAGGCAACUACAGCUGGAGAGGAAGAGAGCUGAUAAACUACAGGAGCGGCUACAGGAGAUCCUCACCAACACCAAGACCAGGACAGGUGAGAGGACAUAGGAAAGCCAGGUUGACCUCCACACAUUUCAUGUAGUCAGGCAAACGUCUAUAUACUAGUACAUGUUAUAUAUUGGCGUAUGAGGGAGGGAGAUGGCUGACUGUGCUUGAAAGACAUCCUCUCAUGCACUGAACCAUGAUGUAACGUCUGUUAGCCUACAUAAUCAAAGACAUGAAACAUUGAGCACAGGUAAGAGAAGAUGCAGAACACAUAUAAAUAAGAGAGCAGAUGAAAACUGUCAUGUCACAGUGUGGUUUGUUACAAAUUAGCUGAAACACAGACUUCUACACAUCACAGACAGGAAAUAAUGAGGUAAAGAGGUGCUUUCUACACCAACAUCAUACAUUGAAGAAGUGAAAUAUGUUUAGUAAUGGCUUGGGACCAAUGGCGUGAUUGUUCGUUAGCUUCUUGAGACAAUUAUGUUUUAGUACUGGGCAAACACACAGUGGGGUCCGAAAUUAUUGACACCCUUGAUAAAGAUGAGCAAUUACUAUAAAACAAAUAAUUCUAAUACCGAGCUAUAUUUUAUGCACAAAAACAAAUGGGUGACUCAAGCUUGUGACUCUACAAACUUGAUGGAUGCAUUUGCAGUUUGUUUAGUGCGGCAGGUAGCUUAGCGGUUAAGAGCAUUGGGGCAGUAACCGAAAGGUUGCUGAUUUCGAAUCCCGGAGCUGACUAAGUGAAAAAUCUGUUGUUGAGCAAGGCACGCAACUGUAAUUGCUCUUGUAAGUCACUUUGGAUAAGUAGGUCUGCUAAAACCCCUAAAAUGUUUCAGAUUUUGUGAUAUAUAUACACACACAUACACAGCUCAAAAAGAUUAAGGGAACACUUAAACAACACAAUGUAACUCCAAGUCAUUCACACUUCUGUGAAAUCAAACUGUUCACUUAGGAAGCAACACUGAUUGACAAUAAAUGUCACAUGCUGUUGUGCAAAUGGAAUAGACAACAGGUGGAAAUUAUAGGCAAUUAGCAAGACACCCCCAAUAAAGGAGUGGUUCUGCAGGUGGUGACCACAGACCACUUCUCAGUUCCUAUGCUUCCUGGCUGAUGUUUUGGUCACUUUUGAAUGCUGGCGGUGCUUUCACUCUAGUGGUAGCAUGAGACGGAGUCUACAACCCACACAAGUGGCUCAGGUAGUGCAGCUCAUCCAGGAUGGCACAUCAAUGCGAGCUGUGGCAAGAAGGUUUGCUGUGUCUGUCAGUGUAGUGUCCAGAGCAUGGAGGCGCUACCAGGAGACAGGCCAGUACAUCAGGAGAUGUGGAGGAGGCCUUUGUGCAAGGAGGAGCACUGCCAGAGCCCUGCAAAAUGACCUCCAGCAGGCCACAAAUGUGCAUGUGUCUGCUCAAACAGUCAGAAACAGACUCCAUGAGGGUGGUAUGAGGGCCCGACGUCCACAGGUGGGGGUUGUGCUUACAGCCCAACACCGUGCAGGACGUUUGGCAUUUGCCAGAGAACACCAAGAUUGGCAAAUUCGCCACUGGCGCCCUGUGCUCUUUUACAGAUGAAAGCAGGUUCACACUGAGCACAUGUGACAGACGUGACAGAGUCUGGAGACGCUGUGGAGAACGUUCUGCUGCCUGCAACAUCCUCCAGCAUGACCGGUUUGGCGGUGGGUUAGUCAUGGUGUGGGGUGGCAUUUCUUUGGGGGGCCGCACAGCCCUCCAUGUGCUCGCCAGAGGUAGCCUGACUGCCAUUAGGUACCGAGAUGAGAUCCUCAGACCCCUUGUGAGACCAUAUGCUGGUGCGGUUGGCCCUGGGUUCCUCCUAAUGCAAGACAAUGCUAGACCUCAUGUGGCUGGAGUGUGUCAGCAGUUCCUGCAAGAGGAAGGCAUUGAUGCUAUGGACUGGCCCGCCCGUUCCCCAGACCUGAAUCCAAUUGAGCACAUCUGGGACAUCAUGUCUCGCUCCAUCCACCAAAGCCACGUUGCACCACAGACUGUCCAGGAGUUGGCGGAUGCUUUAGUCCAGGUCUGGGAGGAGAUCCCUCAGGAGACCAUCCGCCACCUCAUCAGGAGCAUGCCCAGGCGUUGUAGGGAGGUCAUACAUGCACGUGGAGGCCACACACUACUGAGCCUCAUUUUGACUUGUUUUAAGGACAUUACAUCAAGUUGGAUCAGCCUGUAGUGUGGUUUUCCACUUCAAUUUUGAGGGUGACUCCAAAUCCAGACCUCCAUGGGUUGAUACAUUUGAUUUCCAUUGAUUUAUUUGUGUGUGAUUUUGUUGUCAGCACAUUCAACUAUGUAAAGAAAAAAGGAUUUAAUAAGAUUAUUUCAUUCAUUCAGAUCUAGGAUGGGUUAUUUUAGUGUUCCCUUAAUUUUUAUAUAUAUAUAUAUAUAUAUAUAUAUAUAUAUAUAUAUAUAUAAAAAUAGAUAGAUAUUAAAAAUAAAUACAUUAAAUAAUGUAUUGUGUCAUUUUAGUGACAAGCUUGAUGUAGUCAUUGCAUGCUAGGAAUAUGGGAACAAAUACUAAACUUUUAACUACUUUAUUUAUAAGAAUAUGUAGGGGUGUCUAAUUUUGACCCCUACCUUUUUUGAGAGAAAAAAAAGUAUUAUUGUUAAACAAAAUCUCUUUCUCUGAGCAAUUGUAUUAGUAUAAUAUAAUUUUCAUGUGUUUUUUGCAUACAUUAUAGCUCAGUAUUUGAAUUAUUUAUUUUAUACAGUCAUUAUUGCUCAUCUUUAUCAAGGGUGUCAAUAAUUUCAGACCCCACUGUAUAUGAAUGAACAGCUCAUUGUUGAACCAAUUAAAUGUGAUAUCAAAAUGGAGAGCAUGGUUCAUUUACUAAGCUAGUGAGGUUUAAAUAUUUACUUGCCAACUGGCAAGGUGUUUAUCCCACACCCUACCCAUUACCAUGAUGGCAUCACAUAGUCUGGCUAACACCAAACUCCAAGUCUUCCUGACACAGCUCUCAUUCGCUGUGUGCUUGGCUAGGCACCACAUGCUUCUGUCCUCAAUUUAGCUCUUUACUUUACAAAUCAAAUUAACAUGUGGCACCCAAAGAUUAUCACAGAAGAAUUACCCUCUUACUGCCGUACCUGGAUGUUUCUCAGUAAUGUGUAUGGCAUCUUAAAAACAUUUACUCCUGUGGGGACCCCCACCCCAUACACACCAUCAACAAAAUGCAGACCUCUUUAAUAUUUUAUGGUGCCCCCCCCCCCCCUCUUAAAAUGUGCCACAGAGCAAUGCAUACUCUUAUUUCCUGCCUGUAGGUUGUUGGUGAUGCUAGGGCAAUCCUCUUUUGGGCCAUGUAUAAUUUACUAGGUGUCCUUAAAUGUUUAAUGGUUGCUCUACAGAAAGUAGAGAAUCAGACAUUUUAAAGUAGGGAACUUUAUCUUUGUCCAGUGUCCAGAAGGGAAGUUAGUGCACAUCAGCGGCAGCCUUACAGGUAGAUACCUAUAUCCCUGCCAAGACAGGAAGUUCUUCCUACAUUAGCCUUUAGGUUUCUAUGGGGAAUCAGUGCCUAUGGACUGAGGUUUCCCUCUUUGCACAAUGCAAUCGCUCCUAACUUAAUUACAGUGUUUGUUUCCCUAUCAAAAACAUAUAAUGGAUGUUGUUAGUUGACAGUGUUCUGCAGUUAUUGUUGGGAUGAUUGUAAUGCAGCUUUUGGAAAAACUGCCAGACUUAAGAGGGUUGAGGUGGUGUGCCCUUGCUUUGAUAUGGCCUGAAAGGGAAUAUUAUCCACUUCAAGAAAAUGCCAAAAGGUGUUUGAUGACGUUAGAACAGUAACUACUUUUUUCCCACUUAGAAUCAUUACUUCUGCUGUAAUUCCUUAGCAAGACUGCUCGAUUGAGUGUGUGUUUCCAGGCCUGGAGGAGCUGGUGUUGUCAGAGAUCAGCUCUCCUAAUCGUACGCAGCAGAGGGGAGAUAGCAGCAGUGUCUCCUCCUUCAGCUAUGGGGAGAUCAUGAAGGAGGGCGCCUCUGCACAGAGCACCAACAAGGUACACUACACCAGUCAGCACAUAGCACCAACAAGGUACACUACACCAGUCAGCACAGACACCAACAAGGUACACUACACCAGUCAGCACAGACACCAACAAGGUUAGACAACACAGAGCACCAACAAGGUACACUACACCGCACUGAGCACCAACAAAGUACACUAAACUACACGAGUCAGCACAGAGCACCAACAAGAUACAGUGAGGGGGAAAAAGUAUUUGAUCCCCUUUUAGCCAACUGACAAAGAAAUGAUCAGUCUAUCAUUUUAAUGGUAGGCUUAUUUGAACAGUGAGGGACAGAAUAACAACAAAACAAUCCAGAAAAACUCAUGUCAAAAAUGUUAUAAAUUGAUUUGCAUUUUAAUGAGGGAAAUAAGUAUUUGACUUCUCUGCAAAACAUGACUUAGUACUUGGUGGCAAAACCCUUGUUGGCAAUCACAGAGGUCAGACGUUUCUUGUAGUUGGCCACCAGGUUUGCACACAUCUCAGGAGGGAUUUUGUUCCACUCCUCUUUGCAGAUCUUCUCCAAGUCAUUAAGGUUUCGAGGCUGACGUUUGGCAACUCGAACCUUCAGCUCCCUCCACAGAUUUUCUAUGGGAUUAAGGUCUGGAGACUGGCUAGGCCACUCCAGGACCUUAAUGUGCUUCUUCUUGAGCCACUCCUUUGUUGCCUUGGCUGUGUGUUUUGGGUCAUUGUCAUGCUGGAAUACCCAUCCACGACCCAUUUUCAAUGCCCUAGCUGAGGGAAGGAGGUUCUCACCCAAGAUUUGACGGUACAUGGCCCCGUCCAUCGUCUCUUUGAUGCAGUGAAGUUGUCCUGUCCCCUUAGCAUAAAAACACCCCCAAAGCAUAAUGUUUCCACCUCCAUGUUUGACGGUGGGGAUGGUGUUCUUGGGGUCAUAUGCAGCAUUCCUCCUCCUCCAAACACAUUGAGUUGAUGCCAAAGAGCUCCAUUAUGGUCUCAUCUGACCACAACACUUUCACCCAGUUCUCCUCUGAAUAAUUCAGAUGUUCAUUGGCAAACUUCAGAUGGGAAUGUAUAUGUGCUUUCUUGAGCAGGGGGACCUUGCGGGCGCUGCAGGAUUUCAGUCCUUCACGGCGUAGUGUGUUACCAAUUGUUUUCUUGGUGACUAUGGUCCCAGCUGCCAUGAGAUAAUUGACAAGAUCCUACCGUGCAGUUCUGGGCUGAUUUCUCACCGUUCUCAUAAUCAUUGCAACUCCACGAGGUGAGAUCUUGCAUGGAGCCCCAGGCCGAGGGAGAUUGACAGGUGUUUUGUGUUUCUUCCAUUUGCGAAUAAUCGCACCAACUGUGGUCACCUUCUCACCAAGCUUCUUGGCGAUGGUCUUGUAGCCCAUUCCAGCCUUGUGUAGGUCUACAAUCUUGUCCCUGACAUCCUUGGAGAGCUCUUUGGACUUGGCCAUGGUGGAGCGUUUGGAAUCUGAUUGAUUGCUUCUGUGGACAGGUGUCUUUUAUAAAGGUAACAAGCUGAGAUUAGGAGCACUCCCUUUAAGAGUGUGCUCCUAAUCUCAGCUCGUUACCUGUAUAAAAGACACCUGGGAGCCAGAAAUCUUUCUGAUUGAGAUGGGGUCAAAUACUUAUUUCCCUCAUUAAAAUGCAAAUCAAUUUAUAACAUUGUUGACAUGCGUUUUUCUGGAUUUUGUUGUUAUUCUGUCUCUUACUGUUCAAAUAAACCUACCAUUAAAAUUAUAGACUGAUAAUUUCUUUGUCAGUGGGCAAAUGUACAAAAUCAGCAGGGGAUCAAAUACUUUUUUUCCUCACUGUAGUAGUUGUACUGUGAUACUUCUGGCAUUGUUGAAAAGCUCAGAUUUUCCUCUUUUCAGGGAAAUUGCUGUUAUUUACCCCCCCCCCCCCCCCCCCCACGGUUAUGAUGGGGAGAUCAUCUGAGCUAUAAAUUGUUUCGCCUAUAUUAUUAAUUUUGGCUAAAAAGGAUGAAAUGACUCAAAUGUAUUUUAAGACUAAAACUGGCCAAAGCACAUACAAUGUUUGUAAAAGCAAUGGCAUGCAGUGUUGACAAGAUAGAUGUUGGAGAGUAGAGAUAAUCAGAAUCUGGAUGUUGAAUAUACAUUUUGUAGUCAAUAGAACAGCAUAAUCCACAUAAAAUAAACAUAAAUCAUUUGAUGUAAGGAACCACAAAGAGAACCAAUGAGGUCAUCUGCAUAAAAACAUCACCUCUUGCAUUGCGUUUGUAACUGCCAAGAGUACAAACUGUACAUUCUGAGGCAGAGAUGAGAGGCUGAACUUUCACCAACCACAGUUAUGACAGGCAGCUCAACAGGGAGUUCACAUGCGUUUCACUUUUAUGUGCUGCUGUUAAUAGCCUAUAAAUAGCGUGGAUACUAUUAUUAUAACCCUUUGAAUAAACACAUGUCCUGAAUGUUUCUCUUUGCAAGGGAAGUGGAUUGUUGAGGACAAGGAGUGGGAAAGACUGAGAACUCUCUAAAGAAUUCAAUUUAAAACAUAAUAAUGUAUUCCAGUUCUGUACUGAACAGACCUCCUGCCUAGGUUGUAUACAGUGCAGAUAUUGUACAGAUAAGCCUGUACAAUUAGAGCUGUCAAGCUUAGAGCCAGUGAUGCAGAGAUAAUGAAUUCUAUUACACAGAAUGCACAAAAUAGCUUCUCUCUCUGUCUGACUCUGUCUCUGAGUGAAUGUUAUGUAGGGAACAGAAGUUUAACAGUUGUCUGGUUCUCUGUGUCCCAAGUCCGCCAGCGGCAGCCCCCAGUCCCAGCGGCCUGCUGACCUGUCUGAUGAUGAGGUUGGGGAACUCUUCCUGAGGCUGGCUGAGGUGCAGCAAGAGAAGUGGAUGUUGGAGGAGAAGGUAGAGUCAUGCUAUUCAUACUUACAAUACAACUGUAUUGUCCAUGUUUCUAGCGAACGAUGGAAAUGUGUCUUCUACUCCAUUCUACAACGUUUUCAAUUUGGUUAUCAUUUACUAUAAACUGUAUAAUAUCUUCUAACUAUACUAUACAUGGGGCGGCAGGUAGCGGCAGAUGGCCGUUCUGCACUUGAGCAAGGCAGUUAACCCCCAACAGCAACUGCUCCCCCAGCUUAAUCGACGUUGGGUUAAAUGAGGAAGACACAUUUCGGUUGAAUGCAUUCAGUUGUGCAACUGACUAGGUUUUCCCUUUCCUUUCCCACUCCCCUAGCAUAUUUAUUUGCACAGUGAAGCUACAAUUUUUACAUUUGUCUCUACUCCAGCAUUUUGGAUUUGAGAACACGUUUCAUAUGAGGCGACAGUACAGAAUGUCACCUUUUUUAUUUGAGAGUAUUUUCAUAUCUGUUUUACCGUUUAGAAAAAGUAUCUACUCCCCACCAUUUUUUUUUUUUUAAGUAUUCUUUCCUCCAUUUAAAUAUUUGGACAAAUUCACUUAUAGUUUAGUAUUUGGUCCCAUAUUUCUAGCAAGCAAUGACUACAUCAAGCUUAUGACUACAAACUUGUUGGAUGCAGUUUGUUUUGGUUGUGUUUCAGAUUAUUUUGUGCCCAAUAGGAACUGAAUGGUGAAUAAUGUAUUGUCUUUAGGUGUAUCUAAUGUGUGUGUCUAAUGUGCUGCAGGUGAAACACCUCGAGGUCAGCUGCUCCUCCAUGGCUGAUGACAUCUGUAAGAAGAGUGCCAUCAUCGAGACCUAUGUCAUGGACAGCAGGAUAGGUAACCUUCUGUCUCCUUGCCUUGUUGAACUGGUUUUCCCCUCUUUAGAU